AUGGCGCCACUCCCUCCAUCUUCUAAUCACCGUACCGCAGCCCCCAAAAAAUCCAUCCUAAAAUCUUCUGGUGCCUCAGCCUCUCAAGUGAACCCAGCAUCAUCCUCAAAGCCCUCCAAAACCUCUAGCCGCGACUCCUCUCUCUUCCCCACCACAAAAGCCGACAAGCGCCGCAUAAAGCAUUCUGCCCUCUUGUCAAAGGUUACCAAACCGCGUCUGUCAACCACAGAAUCGAAGCAACGAAGGCGGCGACCGAACAAAAAGCUCGUCACUACCCUUGACUCCCUCGUCGAUGCCUUGCCAGAGCCGACGUCCACAUCGACGACCUCAGAAGCCGGAAGCAAAGAUCAUCAGGCAGCAGGCGAUACGCCAGAACAACAGGUCAAUAUCAUCAAGCGGAAGAGCAUGAAAAGCAAACCCGGCGCUUUGAAACGGAAGCAGCGGGUCGAGAAUGAGGAGAGGGCGCGAUGGGGACGCAACAUGGCGCAAAUGAGCGGAACGGCAGCCAGUGUUGACACGACUGAUGGCACCAAAAGUCGGUGGGCGGCUCUACGGGGCUUCAUCGGCGAGACGCUGGAGCGGAGGCCUGAUGUCACGGCUGCUAUCAAAGCUGGUUGA